CCACAAAUAGUUACUUUAAAAGGUGUUUCCUUAAAAGAGUUCGGAAAACUAAUGCCCUCGCAUUCCAGGAUGAGGAGACGGCAGGUACGAGAGCCGUGAUCCGGAGAGGAAAGACGUGAGACCAAAGCUGGGACGGGACCAUGGAGGUUCCAAACCUCUGUGUGAUGCUGCUGCUUCUCCACGCUCAGGCCGGGAUCGCAGGUGCUGAGAGCAUCAUCAGUCCGUAUAUUAAACAUUUCGAGGUCCUGUCAUACGAUACGGAGGAUCUUCACGGGAGGCAUGUGAGAGCUCGGAGAGCAACACAACCUGAGGACGACACACUGCAGCUGAACUUAACUGCUUUUCAAAGGACGUUUCAUCUGAUUCUGAGGCGAGAUGCUUCCGUGUUUUCUGAGGGUUUUACUGUGGAAAGUGGAAACGGUUCUGCGUCAGUUGACCUCUCACACUUAUAUUCAGGAUCAUUAAAGGGUGAGCCCGGCUCGGUCUGCUACGGCUCAGUCUUAGAGGGACAGUUUGAGGGAACCAUCCGGACAGGAAACAGAACUUAUCACAUAGAGUCGGCCCACAGAUACACCAGCAGCCCGACGGAUCGCCGCUCCAUAAUCUACCGUGAGGACACCGUGGUCCUUCCACAAAGGAUGCCUCCCUCAGAUGGAUUCUGCGCUGCAGAGCGUCUGAACCUCCUCAGCCAAAGCCUCCGGCCCGUUGAGGAGAAAACGGUGAGCCGUCCGAGAAGAACAAUCGACAAGUCAAAGACCAGCUGCUUGCUCCACCUUCACGUCGAUCAUCUUUACUACAAGAAGUUCAAAUCUGUGGAAGCUGUUGUGGCUCAGGUGAACUCUUCCCAAGCCAAAUUAACUAGCAACCUGCAGUAAUGCAAGUGUGAGUGCUGUAAGCUGAAUGUGGCUGCUAAAGAGGCCAGAGCAGCCAGCUAAAAAAACUGAAGCCGAAAGCUUGCUAAAAAAUUUGCUAAAUGUCAAAUCAACCAAAAUACAGGAAUCAUGUCUAAAAUUAGCCAAAACAGAUAGCAUAAUACUAAAAUGUUAGCAUAACUCCAUAUUAGCCAAAAAAAAAA